ACUCCAACCAUUGUGCCUGCAGCCUCAUGUAACAUCUGGGUAUGUCUGAAGUAAUGGAAGCAGGAUUAUUCACACUUGACAUACCCAAGUGUAUCAAAAUCACUACACCAUGGUUGCUGCUUUGACUCGGCUGCUCGGGGCUUCUCAGGCUCUCAGUUGGCAUUGCGCUCGGCGCCUUCGGCUCCUCGAAGCGGGAGAUUAGCCUCACGGCGCUUUGUCCUCCUCGCCUCCUCACUCCUGGCGCCGCGAUGAACUUGCGCUGCCUUCUCGCCGUGCAAGUUUUGCAGUUAGCCAGAGCCCUUGAGUCAUACUCUGUUGGCUCUUGUGCCUUUGAAGACAGCACUUGUGGCUAUGAAACGGACAUUACUGCUCUCACAUGGAUUUUGAAUGAGGAAGGUCAUUACAUUUCUGUGGAUACCUCACAAGGAACAAGUGGUGACACAGCUGUAUUGCUCAGCCCUGAACUAUACACAGGAGAGUGGAGUUGUGUUCGGCUUAUAUAUCAGAUUGCAUCAGCUUCAGAAUUACCACUAGAUUCUAUUAUCUUAAAUCUGUAUAUAAGAGUGGAAGGUGAAAGCCUUGAUCAUUUGCUUUGGACAACCACAGAACAUUCAGAGAGCUGGCUCAUAGCCAGUGUAGAUGUAAAAAAUAGGACAGACAAAUUCAAGAUUGUACUGGAAGGUGUACUGGGAACAGAAACUUUUGCCAGCAUAGCAAUUUUUGAAAUCAAAAUUUCAACUGGCUACUGUAUAGAAUGUGAUUUUGAAGAAAAUCAUCUUUGUGGUUUUAUGAACCGCUGGAAUCCGAAUGUUAAUUGGUUUGUUGGUGGUGGAAACAUAGGAAAUUCACAGUCUAUCCUUCCAAAAGAUCAUACCUUUAGGAAUGAAUUUGGUCAUUACAUGUAUGUGGAUUCUCUCUACGUCAAGCACUUUCAGGAAGUAGCUCAACUGGUUUCACCUAAGACACUAACUCCAAUGUCAGGCUGUUUAUCUUUUUAUUAUCAAGUACAGCAGGAAAGUGGCAUUGUUUUUACUAUUUAUACAAGAGAUGUAAAUGGCUUUUAUGAGGAGCUUUGGAAAGCAGAUAGACCAACGAGUAAUGAUUGGCUGUUAGGUGAAGUUGACUUCAGUGCCCCAUAUCCAAUGGAGGUUAUUUUUGAAGUUGCUUUUAGCAGUGCCAAAGGAGGAUAUCUGGCUCUUGAUGACAUUUCUUUCUCCCCAGUUUUCUGUAGCAAUCAAACAGCCACUUCCUUCAGUCCCUUACAGGCAAGUUGCACUUUUGAGGAGAAUUUUUGCCAUUUUUAUCAAGAUUACAAGGAUGGUUCUGGUUGGAGCAGGAUAAAAGUGAAGCCUAAUCCAUAUAGACCGGGUGACCACACUACUGGCACAGGUUUCUAUUUGCUGGCAAAUACAAAGUUUACAUCGCAACCUGGAUAUAUUGGCCGCUUGUAUAGUCCAACUCUGCCAGAAAACUUACAAUAUUGUCUGAGAUUUUAUUAUGCUUUGUUUGGUUUUUUCAAAAUGAGAGAUUCCCUGGCUGUUUAUAUCUUUGAAGAAAACCAUAUUGUUCAAGAAAAAAUCUGGUCUGUCUCAGAAAUUCCCCAAAGAGUCUGGAUUCAAGCUGAAAUCCCCUUCAGAAAGCCCAUGCCUUGCAAGGUGGUGUUUCUGAGCUGGUGUAGAAACUUUUGGGAUUGUGGAAUAGUGGCACUAGAUGAUAUAUCAGUGAAUUUGGGAAGCUGUCAUAGUGCUGAUAUACCACCUGAUUUUCCUGGAGAAUGUACCUUUGAAAAAAAUGAGUGUGCAUUUACUCUGCAACCAAGAAAUCGGCAUGGUUGGCAUAGGAGGAGAAGUCCAACUCCUACAUCUUACACUGGUCCAACAGGAGACCAUACUACUGGGGUAGGACAUUACAUGUAUAUAGAAGCUUCUAAUAUGAUCUAUGGACAGAAGGCACAACUGAUUUCAAGGUUAUUACGAAAGACAUUUGGACAUCAGUGCCUUAUAUUUUUUUAUCAUAUGUAUGGACGUGGGACCGGACUGUUAAAUGUUUAUUUGAAAAUGCAUGGUUCUAAAAAGGAGAUCCUCAUCUGGAGAAGACGUGGUGAACAAAGCAUCUCAUGGUUAAGGGGCCUAAUAGAAUAUACAUGUGAUAAAUCUCAUCAGAUUAUAUUUGAAGCAAUUCGUGGAAUAUCAAUAAGAAGUGACAUUGCUAUCGAUGACAUUUCAUUUCAGAAAGGACCUUGUAAAGAAAUGGAAGAAACUAUACUACAAUCAUCAGGAUAUUCUGCUGAUUUCAAUGAAAUAGAGUACUGAAAUCUGCAGAAGCCAAUGGAAUACCAGUGCCUUCUCUACAGUACAAACUGCACAAACUUCUCCCUACUAUCAAAUUUAAAGAUAACUACUGGAUUAUUUUGUAAAAGACACAAAGGCACAGGAAGAGCUGAGGAAAGAUUUAGUGCCUUGCUUAUGAAAUUUUUGACUCAGGGUUUCUCUCACUUUAUUUUAUGCAUUUUUUUGCAUGUGACAUCAAUUAUUAUAAGGAGCUAUUGAAUUUGUACCAAAUUUGCAAUAAUCAAUAUAGAUUUUUAAAGAAGAAUUUUCAGCCAUACAAAUAUAUAAAGUAAAAUGGACACAAUUUGUCAUUGUGUUUACAAAAUCUGCAUUCAAUGAAUGCCUUGUUGGCAAAUAAUGGAUGUAAUUAAAAAUUCUGAAAUAACAAAGAAAUUUAUAAACAUUAUUAACAUUUUAUAUGUUGUUUGCAACUGUUUCUAUUAUUGUUUAGGAAGACUAAUAUCUGUUGGAACCUUUUUGGUUGUGCCAAAUAUCAUGGAAUCCUAUGCAUGUCCACUCAGAAAUUCAUGGCACUGAGCUCAGUGAAAGUGACUUCCAGAUGAUGUGCCUAGUUUUGCAAUUUAAGGAUCUCACCAAUAAGAUAUUUUAUUAUUGUACUGUUUUUUUGCUAAUAAUUGUCAUAAUGAAUUUGUUUAUCCAGGCUGCAGCUGACAGAUAAAAUCUAUGUAAGUGUUCUAUAAAAUAUAAUACAGUACACCAAUAUUGAACAACAUAUAUAUGAGGAAACUGUUUGGAAUGCAAUUUUAUUUUUUAAUAUAUUAAUGGUUUGAUAGACUUGUCAAGAAUGACUUUAAGUUACAUUUAUCCACAAAUUAUAUUCCUGUUUGAAACAAACGAUACCCAUUUGAAUGUUGAGUGUGUGAUAGGCAUAGAGGGACAUGCAUUUCAUAUAUGUAUAUGUGUGAACAAAUGCUUUUUCUAUAAUUUUAAUUGAACUAAUAAAAUGUGUUUUUAAUUCACUUUAA